GAAGUGAUUAGCUCGGUCGAUUGACUGGCAUUUUGCUAAUUUUUUGUCAGUUUCAAGUUCAGUUUAAAAAUGUUUUUAAUAUAUUUUUGGGCUCUUUUAUUAAUUUUCUUGAUAAUUCUUCUGAUAAUCAAGAACAUAUACAGAAAGUUUACAAUUCGAGAGAUUAUUGGUCCAAUACCGAAAUUUCCAUUUGGAAAUACAAGAAAAUCGGCUUUAGGAGAACAAAAUUUGAUUUAUGACGUUGACGAUAUUUAUUGUCAGUUCAAGGAGAAAUCUCUCGUUUGUGGAUUUUUUGUGUUUCUUCGACCAUAUUUGCUAGCAACAAAUUCAGAAGUCAUUAAAGAAAUUAUCGUGAAAGAAUUUAAAAAAUUUCGCAACAAUGACUUCGCUGUUAAUCUCAAUAAAGAUCCGCUUAUCGGCCGCAGCCCUUUCAGACUCAAAAACGAGACUUGGAAGUUGAAGCGAAGUGAAAUCAUUCCAACAAUGACUCAGAUUAAACUAAAAUCAAUUUAUCCGCUGAUUAGAAAUGGAACCAAGAAUCUCGUUGACUACAUAAACCGUGAAAUUAUAAAUGACGAGUGUAAAGUUUUUGAUGCAAGGAAUGUCAGCACUCGUUACACUUGUGAUACAAUUACAAGCUCAAUAUUUGGUAUCGAUGCUCAAUCUUUCGAAGCUGAUGAUCCAUUUUAUUUUAAAAUGGGAGAAGGAUUGGUUAAUGGAGUAGUAAAUUCAGUGAAAAGUUGGUUACCUUUCAAAAGAUUACCUCAUGAUGUUGAAAGUUUCUUUUAUGAUAUCACAAUGACAGCAAUAAAAUUUCGACAAGAAAAUCAAAUUGAGCGUGAAGAUUUUUUAUCACAUUUGAUUUCAUUGAAAAACAAAAUUAAUAUGAGUGAUGUCGACAUUGUUGGUCAUUGUGUUACACUCUUUCUUGAUGGAUUUGAGACAACCAGCUUAGUUAUCCACCAUGCUUUGUAUGAGCUGGGAAGGCACAAAGAAGCUCAACAAAAGCUUCGUGAAGAAAUUUACAGCAAUGACAAAGAAUUGUCUUAUGAAAAACUAUUGGAACUUCCAUAUCUUGAUCAAGUUUUUAAUGAAACUUUACGUCUUCACCCUCCCAUUCCAUUCACUACAAGGGUUUAUUAUUAUACUUCAGCAGAAAGCUUCAUCCCUGAAAGAUUUAAUCUUGAAAACGGAGGAGUUAAAUUGUUCAAAGAACGAUGCGUUUUAAUUCCAUUCGGUGAUGGGCCACGACAAUGUCUUGGAAUGAAGUUUGCUUACAUCCAAGUGAAAGCAGCAAUUGCUGAAAUUGUAAGAAAUUUCGAAGUUACUGUUGACAAAUCUACUCCGGCGAAUCCUAAGAUUGGACCAAAAGAAUAUUUGAAUGUUACUGACCAUAAGUUAAUGUUGAACUUUAAGAGAAUUUAGAUUUGUUGAAUCCCUGAAAAUAUUAAAGACAAAAGAUUUUCUUUUUUUUUUUGGUUAAUUUUCCUUGGAUUUUUCCCUUUAUUUUUCAUUUUUUGUAUUCAAUAAAUUUUCAUUUGCUGACUUUUUUGCCAUUUUCUUCGACUUGUAUUUUUUACAGUUACAGUAAUUAAGGGUUUAUAAUUAGUUCAUAAUAAUUAAUGUUUUCACUUAUUUUUGUAUGCAUUUCAUGUCGUAAUAAUUUAACAUUCACUAAAAUUUAUUUCAUGACUUGCAUGAUUGUUUUGAGGAAUAAAGAAAAUUGUCAUAAUUAUUUGAAUUUUAUUUGGGGAAAUUAUAAAAACAUUUUAAUGAUAACCCUGGUGAAAUCAAAUCUAUUGCUUCAUCGGUGGUAACUUCAUUCAAAUUAAAUACUAAAGAUCGA